UGUGCAGCUCUUUCACUCUCAUCAGAUAUUCAAUGUCUGACAUCACAUGAAGAACCCACUUGCUCACUUUAACUAAGGAAACAGCCAUACAUUGGAUUAUAAAUAGAUCCCUCUACAUCUUCUUUGCUGUUUUUGUUUAAGAAGACAUUUUAUUUUUAAAACAACUCUUUUUGGAAGUACUUUGAAUCACAUUACUGCUGCAUGUGGAGACCAGCACCUCGAGAGCAAUGUCAUCUGUACUUUCUCACAACAAAGACCAGCCACGCAUUAGAAAGACGCUCUCAGACUCUUCUACUUCAUCCACUGCCUCCACCAAGAGCCAGAAGCACGAGAAACUGUCUAGAUUAAGCUCAUCAGGUUCCUCCGAUGUCUCCAACGACUCGUCAACAAACCACGCCGAGUCCUACUUCUUAAGACGGGAGAACAGACUGUCUGCAAGGAAAAAGGCAGAAGAAGAGUCAGCAAACAAUGACUAUAAAAAGAUGUAUGAAAAGGCACUGGCCACCAACCACAGGCUGAAGUCCAGGCUGGAAACAAGUAAACAGGAACUGGCAAUGAUUCAAGACCAGCUGCAGAGAACACAGAAGGGAAGAGCGGAAGAUUGUAGUUCCAACAUGCUUGAGACAGAAAAAAAGGAAAGUUGGAGUAUAAAAAAGAGGAUAACGGAUUUGGAAGAGCAGUUGAAGGUAAAAGCAGAGCUGAAUAUGGAGAACCAGAGACUGAAGGACGAGAAUGGAGCUUUAAUCCGGGUCAUCACUAAACUGUCCAAGUGAGACAGAAGUAGUAGAAGAAGAGGGGCGGAUAACAGAAGCCAUAUUUAUACCUGCAUUCUUCUUACAUUCAGCCCGUCCUCAGACAGAAUGUAUGUACAUAUUAAAGUUGAGUCUUUUGUCUGUUGAGUUACAAUCAGACACAUGUAUUAUCAGCUGUGAAGCCUCAUGUUACUGUACUGUACUAUAUCUUAAGUAGUAGCACAUUCCCAGAUAGAAAAUACAUUAACUUAAAAUGCAUUUUAUAUAUUCAUAAAAUAUUUCUACAUAAAGGCAAAUGUCCACAA